CCUCAACGCUCCCAAAAGCCAACUCCAAAUCGUCCCGCUAAUAUCUAUGAAAUGCCAUUUUCAGUCUAUAACAUUUUUUGUUAUGCUGCGCGGUGGGGAAGUUGGAGCGCAUCCUGCUCUCGGGCUAGAUAACACUCUCACUUCCCACUGCUGAAUGAGAAGGUGGGAAAAUCAAGUGGUGAGAAGACAAAAAGGACGCACAGCUCCUCCACAGUGGACACAGGGCAUUUUCCACCUGGCACAUUUCUUAAUGGAACAAAUGUCGAUUCAUCGGGAGCGGCCGAGCAGGGCAUGGCUUUAAGCAGAUUCCUGCUGCUCUGUAUGGUAGCCUCUGAGGUGUGGGAUGCUGAGACCAAACCCAUAGAUUUUGUUUGUAAUAAAGGCGCCAGGAGGGCUAUGAAUAUUGUGGCAGAGAUGGAGAGUGCACUGUCUCCCAUCAGUCUGUCUCUCUGUAGUCCACCCAUUUGUCUGGCUUCUGUCUCCUCCAUGUGUCCUCCUUUGCAGAGUGACUGUAAUGGCUCGACAACCCUCUCCACACCGGUUCAGCUACCAUGUACCGAGCUUCAUGUUGCAUCUUGGGAAAACAAAUCACACCAGGAGAAGAGAGGAGACAUAGUUGCAUCCUUGAGGCUUCUUAUUGAAGGUGUGAAGGUUAUGAGGGCCCCAAGCCAGCCAGGAUGUGGCACUUCGCUGCUGCAGAGACUGGAGAACAACAUCAACAACCACCUGCUCAUUAUCACACACCUCCAGCUGAGUCAGGGGCCAGUGGUGAGUCCGGCACUGUCUUGUGUUCCUCGAAGCACCCAGAGUCUGAGCACAGUCCUGUUGAACUACAACCGGCUCAUCUCAGGCAAACUGGAUCGGCUCAUGGUUGACCUGGAAGACAGAUGCAUUUCCCAGUGACACAAGAACAACUUCAGUGGACCUAAUGCUCUUCACAAACUGGGGGAUGAGUUCAAACGAAGCCCCAGGGCAAUGAAAGAAGAAUGAAAAUCCAACUGAGAAAAACAGCUGGAGUGAUGUGGAUAUUCUCCUCAGCUUGUUGUCUUUCUCAAAUUUCUAAUAUGUGAAAAGUUUGCUUUUGUAUAGUUGUGACGUGUAAACUCUUUAAGAGUAAAAAGAAGAAAUACAUCCUUCUCUGCUGGUCAUUAAGAGGAACUACAGCUGGAGAAGUAGAGGGAAAUGAAAGGCAGCAAUAUGUCUGCAAUUAUGAGCCUCAUGGACAAAUGAAUGUAUGAUAGGAAGACAGUUUUUUUGUAUCAUUCUACAUAUAACUAUGCUUUAAAUUUUGUUGUAGGCCCAUAAAACCAAUACAAGCCUACAAUCUGCCAAAAGGCAGGUAUCUUUUCUUUUUUUAUAUAGUAUGUAGUUUACGAGCAGCUUCUCCAAGUCUCCACUGGAUGCAAAAUUAUCAUAAUACAAAUGAUUGUUUCACGUCAGAUUGUUGUCCAGCUUGAUCACGUGGCCAGAACCAAAAAGUCAGUUUGUUUGGAUUCAUGUUUUCAUGCCAGAUUUGUUUUGCUCCUUAGUUAGUGCUACAAAGGUCUUGCAAAGUGGAUGGAAACUCGCAGUCCAUUCAGUCCCAAAACUGUUUUUUCUUUUUUUUUAUUUCAUUCUGUUUUUUAUGCAAAUAAUGUUACUGCUAGACAGUCCUUGUACAUUAGCUGUAUGAAAAUAACCAAAGACACUUACUUAAGAAUAAUAUAGACUGGAAAAGUGUUGCUAUAUACUUUUCUGGUCUGAAUUUAGUGAGCAAAUUUAGUUUAUUCUCAAUGCACUUUUAGAUCUUAUCUCUGUUUACAUUUUUAUUUUAAAUGUUAUUGAUUUUCUGUAGAUGUGUUGAUGUUUCUAUGUAAGCUAUUGCUUUUUUCAAUUCAGUAUAGCUUUGUGAAUUUCUGUAAGUAAAUAUCCAGAUUUUGCAUUUAAGAGGAUAUUUUUGCUACACUUUAUAUUGAUGCAAAUGCUGUUUAUGAUACAAAACCUUUGCAAUAUAAUAUGCAAUAAACUCUGUCUGAUUACAUUCAGCCAUUUAGUUAAUUACUAAUUCAUUUAUUUGGUUAGUUAGGUACUUUUUUUAGUUAUGCUAACGGAUAUAAAAGGGUCAUAAUCACCUGACCAACAUACUGUACCCAAUACGAUCAAACAGAAACAACAUCAUCCAACUAUUUUCAGACUCAGACAUUAAGAAAUGGAGAUCUAAAUACAUCACUUACCCUGUAUGCCCCAAGACAAAAGAAGUCCAUUUAAAAAUAAUGUCUAAUAUUUAUCCAUCCAAUGAAUUGUUAAGACUGAGAUUUAAUGUUGAUCACAAUAACUGCAACUUUUGUGAGACUGAGAUUGAAACUACUGAUCAUCUGAUUUUCCACUGUAUAUAUUCUGCGGCAUUCUGGGAAGAUUUGCAGGACUGGCUGUCAACCAAAAUCCAACUACUUGCUCCUCUCACAAGAGAAAAUAUUGUGUUUGGUAUUAACAUGAAGGACAUUAACAGUGACUUGAUAUUGAACAAUCUGAUACUGCUGACAAAUUUUUUUCAUCCAUGCAUCCAAAUGGAGGAAAAUGAAACCCCUAUUUUCCAUUUUCAAAAGGGACCUUGUGGACAAUCGUCUCAAUGCUUUAAGACUAAUGAAAGGACAACAUGCAAAGUCUCUUCUCAGAGUUUAUGAAGAACUGAACAUAUAUGAUGAUGACCCCUAUAGCUACUAUGGAAGAGUGAAGCCUUAUUAUUUAUUUCUUUAU